GGGGGCCGGGGGCGCGCCCGGGAAGCUCGGCUUGGACCACAGCCGCGCUCUUGGCCGCCGCAGCGCCAGCCGCCGCCGUCGCUGCUAUCACCGCAUAUCCGCGCCUCCCCGGGGAGAAGUCGGCGGCUCCCGCGGCCCCCAGCCCCGGCCCCUGGGCACUGCCCGGCUAGUCCCCGGGCAGGGGUGGGGGCAACAGCGGCGUGUCCGGCCCUGGGCUGCCAGGAGGUGGACGCCACUGCCCAGGGAGGCGCGCAGAGGCUCGGAGAGCGCUCCCCGGCGGGUCCCCAACGCACUCGCCGCCGCGCCCGGGCAGCGGCCCGACCCGGCUAGCAUGGGCGGCGCGGAGUGACGCCGCCGUGCCCGCUUGGCAUCAAGGACAUUCAGCCCGCGGGGGUGGGGACGAAGGGGGGCAGCCCCGCGUCGCCGCCGCAGCCCCUGAGAGCCACCACUGUCGCUGCUUGGGCUCCGGGGCUGGGUGGAGGAAAGGGGUGCUUGGAAUCGAUCCACAUUUUCUGACCUUUUUGUUGGACAUUACGCCCACCUUGGACGCUGCAAGAGGAGCUGUCAAGCCCAGCAGGCUCUGAUUUGGCCCCCUCCGUUUUCCCCUGGUGCUCGUGGCUUCCCGGUGCCUCGGUGGAGUAUUUGCGUUCGGGGCUGGGGCUGGAGGAGGCAGCCACACGCGCGCACACGCACACGUUCAGAGGAGGGCGAGAGGCAGCGGUACAGGCACCAUCUGCAGUGUCAAUGCGGCGCUGGGGCUGAAGGAGGGAAACGCCGCUCUUCCAGGGGAGACUGCCCUGCUGAGUCCUGGCCCUCCGGAGGGACGGCUGUGCUGGUUGCUGCUGUGUUGAGAGGACCUCUCUCGGAGAUGAAAGCCAUGCCCUGGAACUGGACCUGCCUGUUGUCCCACCUCCUGGUGGUAGGGAUGGGCUCCUCCACUCUGCUUUCACGGCAGCCACCACAGCUGUCUCAAAAGCGUUCUUUGGUCACAUUCCGAGGGGAACCCACCGAGGGCUUCAAUCACCUUGUGGUGGACGAGAGGACAGGACACAUUUACUUGGGGGCUGUCAAUAGGAUCUACAAACUCUCUAGUGACCUCAAGGUCUUGGUGACUCAUCAGACAGGGCCAGACGAGGAUAACCCCAAGUGUUACCCACCUCGUAUUGUUCAGACCUGCAAUGAGCCCUUGGCCAGCACCAAUAAUGUCAACAAGAUGCUGCUUAUAGACUACAAAGAAAACAGGCUGAUUGCAUGUGGGAGCUUGUACCAGGGUAUCUGCAAGCUCCUCAGGCUAGAGGACCUCUUCAAGUUGGGGGAGCCUUUCCACAAGAAGGAACAUUACCUCUCAGGGGUUAAUGAGAGUGGCUCAGUCUUUGGGGUGAUCGUCUCCUAUAGCAAUUUGGAUGAUAAACUCUUUAUUGCCACUGCAGUGGAUGGCAAGCCUGAAUAUUUUCCUACCAUCUCUAGCCGGAAGCUGACUAAGAACUCUGAGGCAGAUGGCAUGUUUGCAUAUGUUUUCCAUGAUGAAUUUGUGGCCUCUAUGAUCAAGAUCCCUUCAGACACCUUCACUGUUAUCCCUGACUUUGACAUCUACUACGUUUAUGGCUUCAGCAGUGGCAACUUUGUCUACUUUUUGACCCUUCAGCCAGAGAUGGUGUCUCCCCCAGGCUCCACAACGAAGGAACAGGUGUACACGUCAAAGCUUGUGAGGCUUUGCAAAGAGGACACAGCCUUCAAUUCCUACGUGGAGGUGCCCAUUGGCUGUGAGCGCAAUGGGGUGGAAUAUCGCUUGCUACAGGCUGCCUACCUGUCUAAAGCUGGUGCUGUGCUGGGCCGGACCCUGGGAGUCCGUCCAGAUGCUGACCUCCUCUUCACUGUCUUCUCCAAGGGCCAGAAGCGGAAGAUGAAAUCUCUGGAUGAGUCUGCCCUGUGCAUCUUCAUCUUGAAACAGAUCAAUGACCGCAUUAAGGAGCGCCUGCAGUCCUGUUACCGAGGCGAGGGCACACUGGACCUGGCCUGGCUCAAGGUGAAGGACAUCCCUUGCAGCAGUGCGCUCCUAACCAUUGAUGACAACUUCUGUGGCCUGGAUAUGAAUGCCCCUCUGGGAGUGUCUGAAAUGGUACGUGGCAUCCCGGUCUUCACAGAGGACAGGGACCGCAUGACUUCUGUCAUCGCGUAUGUCUACAAGAAUCACUCUCUGGCCUUCGUGGGCACCAAAAGUGGCAAGCUAAAGAAGAUCCGGGUGGAUGGGCCCAAGGGCAAUGCCCUCCAGUAUGAGACUGUGCAGGUGGUGGACCCAGGCCCAGUUCUCCGGGACAUGGCCUUUUCCAAGGACCACGAGCAACUCUACAUCAUGUCAGAAAGGCAGCUUACCAGAGUUCCUGUGGAAUCCUGUGGGCAGUAUCGGAGCUGUGGCGAGUGUCUUGGCUCAGGGGACCCCCACUGUGGCUGGUGUGUGCUCCACAACACGUGCACCCGGAAGGAACGGUGUGAGCGCUCCAGGGAACCUCGAAGGUUUGCCUCAGAGAUGAAGCAGUGUGUCCGGCUGACAGUCCAUCCCAACAACAUCUCUGUCUCUCAGUACAAUGUGCUGCUGGUCCUAGAGACAUACAAUGUUCCGGAGCUGUCAGCAGGUGUCAACUGUACCUUUGAGGAUCUGUCAGAGAUGGAUGGGCUGGUAAUAGGCAAUCAGGUCCAAUGCUACUCCCCUGCAGCCAAGGAGGUGCCCCGCAUCAUCACAGAAAAUGGAGACCAUCAUGUUGUCCAGCUGCAGCUCAAGUCGAAGGAGACGGGCGUGACCUUCGCCAGCACCAGCUUUGUCUUCUACAACUGCAGCGUCCACACCUCAUGUCUGUCCUGUGUGGAGAGCCCAUACCGCUGCCACUGGUGUAAAUACCGACACGUUUGCACUCAUGACCCCAACACAUGCUCCUUCCAGGAGGGCCGAGUGAAGCUGCCCGAGGACUGCCCCCAGCUGCUGCGAGUGGACAAGAUCCUGGUACCAGUCGAGGUGAUCAAACCCAUCACUCUGAAGGCUAAGAACCUCCCACAGCCUCAGUCGGGACAACGAGGCUACGAGUGCAUCUUGAACAUCCAGGGCACCGAGCAGAGGGUUCCUGCUCUGCGCUUCAACAGCUCCAGUGUACAAUGUCAAAACACCUCUUAUUCCUAUGAAGGGAUGGAGAUCAACAACCUGCCAGUGGAGUUGACAGUCGUGUGGAACGGACACUUCAACAUUGACAACCCAGCUCAGAAUAAAGUUUACCUCUACAAGUGCGGGGCCAUGCGUGAGAGCUGUGGGCUGUGCCUCAAAGCCGACCCAGACUUUGAGUGUGGCUGGUGUCAGAGCCCAGGCCAGUGCACCCUGCGCCAGCACUGUCCUGCCCAUGAGAGCCGGUGGCUGGAACUAUCAGGUGCCAACAGCAAGUGCACCAACCCUCGGAUCACAGAGAUCAUUCCAGUGACAGGCCCUCGGGAAGGGGGCACCAAGGUCACCAUCCGAGGGGAGAACCUGGGUCUGGAAUUCCGGGACAUUGCUUCACAUGUCAAGGUGGCUGGUGUGGAAUGCAGCCCAUUGGUGGAUGGCUACAUCCCGGCAGAACAGAUCGUGUGUGAGAUGGGAGAGGCCAAGCCCAGCCAGCAUGCAGGCUUUGUGGAGAUCUGUGUGGCUGUGUGUCGACCUGAGUUCAUGGCCCGCUCCUCACAGCUCUAUUAUUUCAUGACUCUGACCCUCGCAGACCUGAAGCCCAGCCGGGGACCCAUGUCUGGGGGCACACAGGUUACCAUCACAGGCACCAACUUGAAUGCAGGCAGCGAUGUGGUGGUGAUGUUUGGGAGCCAGCCAUGCCUCUUCCACAGGCGCUCGCCAUCCUACAUUAUCUGUAACACUACAUCCUCAGAUGAGGUGUUGGACAUGAAGGUGACUGUGCAGGUGGACAGGGCCAGGAUCCGACAGGACCUGGUCUUUCAGUAUGUUGAGGACCCCACCAUCGUGCGUAUUGAGCCAGAGUGGAGCAUUGUCAGUGGGAACACACCUAUCGCUGUCUGGGGAACUCACCUGGACCUCAUACAGAACCCCCAGAUCCGUGCCAAGCAUGGAGGGAAAGAACACAUCAAUAUCUGUGAGGUCCUGAAUGCUACUGAGAUGACCUGCCAGGCUCCAGCCCUUGCCCUGGGUCCUGACCACCAAUCAGAUCUUACUGAAAGGCCUGAAGAAUUUGGUUUCAUCCUGGACAAUGUCCAGUCUCUGUUAAUUCUCAACAAGACCAACUUCACCUACUAUCCUAACCCUGUGUUUGAGGCUUUCAGUCCCUCGGGAAUCCUGGAGCUCAAGCCUGGCACCCCCAUCAUCCUAAAGGGCAAGAACCUGAUCCCACCUGUGGCUGGAGGCAAUGUGAAGCUGAACUACACCGUGCUGGUUGGAGAGAAGCCAUGCACCGUGACAGUGUCAGAUGUGCAGCUACUCUGCGAGUCUCCCAACCUCAUCGGCAGGCACAAAGUGAUGGCACGGGUGGGUGGCAUGGAGUAUUCCCCUGGCAUGGUGUACAUUGCCCCGGACAGCCCACUCAGUCUGCCUGCCAUCGUCAGCAUCGCGGUGGCUGGUGGUCUCCUCAUCAUCUUCAUUGUGGCAGUGCUCAUCGCCUACAAACGCAAGUCUCGGGAAAGUGACCUCACUCUGAAGCGUCUCCAGAUGCAGAUGGACAACCUCGAGUCCCGUGUGGCCCUGGAGUGCAAGGAAGCUUUUGCAGAGCUGCAGACAGAUAUCCAUGAGCUUACCAGUGACCUGGAUGGAGCUGGGAUACCCUUCCUGGACUACAGGACCUACACCAUGCGGGUGCUCUUCCCAGGGAUUGAAGACCAUCCUGUGCUACGGGACCUUGAGGUCCCAGGCUACCGGCAGGAGCGCGUGGAGAAAGGCCUGAAGCUCUUCGCACAGCUCAUCAACAAUAAGGUGUUCCUGCUAUCUUUCAUCCGCACUCUUGAGUCUCAACGCAGCUUCUCCAUGCGUGACCGAGGUAACGUGGCCUCUCUCAUCAUGACGGUACUUCAGAGCAAGCUAGAGUAUGCCACUGAUGUGCUGAAGCAGCUACUGGCUGACCUCAUUGAUAAGAACCUGGAGAGCAAGAACCACCCCAAGUUACUGCUCAGGAGGACUGAGUCAGUGGCUGAGAAGAUGCUGACCAAUUGGUUUACCUUCCUCCUCUACAAGUUCCUCAAGGAGUGUGCCGGGGAGCCCCUGUUCUCCCUGUUCUGUGCCAUCAAGCAGCAGAUGGAGAAGGGCCCUAUAGACGCCAUCACAGGAGAGGCCCGCUACUCCCUGAGUGAGGACAAGCUCAUUCGGCAGCAGAUCGAAUACAAGACCCUGGUCCUGAGCUGUGCCAGUCCAGAUAAUGCCAACAGCCCAGAGGUCCCAGUGAAGAUUCUCAACUGUGACACCAUCACCCAGGUCAAGGAGAAGAUCCUGGACGCCAUCUUCAAGAAUGUGCCAUGCUCCCACCGGCCCAAGGCUGCAGACAUGGACCUGGAGUGGAGACAAGGAAGUGGGGCGAGGAUGAUCCUACAGGAUGAAGAUCUCACCACCAAGAUUGAGAAUGACUGGAAGAGACUCAACACAAUAGCCCACUACCAGGUGCCGGAUGGUUCUGUGGUGGCUUUAGUGUCCAAGCAAGUGACAGCCUAUAAUGCAGUGAACAACUCCACAGUCUCCAGGACUUCAGCAAGUAAAUAUGAAAACAUGAUCCGGUACACAGGCAGCCCUGAUAGCCUCCGUUCCCGAACACCCAUGAUCACCCCUGACCUGGAAAGUGGAGUCAAGCUGUGGCACCUGGUGAAGAACCAUGAGCAUGGAGACCAGAAGGAGGGCGAUCGGGGGAGCAAGAUGGUGUCUGAAAUCUACCUGACACGACUAUUGGCCACCAAGGGCACACUGCAGAAGUUUGUGGAUGACCUCUUUGAGACUAUCUUCAGUACAGCCCACCGUGGCUCCGCUCUGCCCUUAGCCAUCAAGUACAUGUUUGACUUCCUUGAUGAGCAGGCUGAUAAGCAUGGCAUCCAUGACCCACAUGUCCGCCAUACCUGGAAAAGCAACUGCCUGCCCCUGCGGUUUUGGGUGAACAUGAUCAAGAACCCACAGUUUGUGUUUGACAUCCAUAAGAACAGCAUCACGGAUGCCUGCCUCUCGGUGGUGGCCCAGACCUUCAUGGACUCCUGCUCCACAUCGGAGCACCGGCUGGGCAAGGACUCCCCCUCCAACAAACUGCUCUAUGCCAAGGAUAUUCCCAGCUACAAGAACUGGGUAGAGAGAUAUUACUCAGAUAUUGGGAAGAUGCCAGCGAUCAGUGACCAGGACAUGAAUGCGUACCUGGCCGAGCAGUCGCGGAUGCACAUGAAUGAGUUCAACACGAUGAGCGCACUCUCAGAGAUCUUCUCCUACGUCGGCAAAUACAGUGAGGAGAUCCUUGGACCCCUGGACCAUGACGACCAGUGUGGAAAGCAGAAACUGGCUUACAAACUAGAACAAGUCAUAACCCUCAUGAGCUUAGACAGCUGAGAACUGUCCUUCCAGGGCCAUCCUGGAGGGAGGGACACACCAAGCCGUGCCUCAGUCUAGAUUAUCAUCUUUACCAAGUGCAAGUUCCGACAGGCAUCAGCAGCAACCCCCGAGCAGCGCCGUCUCUCCUUUUAUUUCUCUCCCUCUUCUGUCUCUCCCUCUUUCCGGAGUUCCAUCUCUUUCAGUUGCUCCACCAGUGUGAUUGGACCAGGUCACUGACCCUCAGUCAGUCCAGGGAUGGCCAGGCCCCAUGGUGAGAGACCUGACCAGAAGAUGUCAGAGUGAGGCUCUCCCUCCCAGCUGCUCCUGGCCCCAUGCAUCAGCAGCAGGGCUCAAAUAAGGAGGAGGAGCUGAGGACGGAGAACAUUCCUAUGCUGCUACUUUACCUUCUGCGUUGAGAAUCCCCACUGUGGUCCAAAACCUGGCUUCGGGAAGCAACUGUGAGCUCAGUAUUAUCUGAAGUAGGAGACAUCACUCGGAUCUCCCUUUCCACACACUCAACAACAAGGGGCCAGGCAGUGACCUGGGUGCUUUGUAACUGUGAGAAAAAGGCCUUGCCUCCUACAGAUGUUGGAGUAGGGACCAGUGGAAGUUUAAAGAUGCUCUCUCAGGGGCCGCUGCCUACCUGUUUGAUGUCCAGCAGCCUUCUGUCCCCUCCCAAUAUCUUUGGAGGCCUUCCAAGCAUCCAUUCAGACCUUUCUCCCCUUCCUGUGAAAAGUCAGACAGGGGAAAAACUAACAGUUACAUUCCACCAUGGAGAUGUUCCUACAUCAUCUAAUCUGGUUCCUAAAAAAAGAAAUGUAGCAUGGAAAGAGAGAGAGAGAGAAGGAAAGAGUAUCAUCUAUGCCAGAAGCAACAUUGAUUGUUCUCUGUUCACCCCCAAGUUCAAAUGCAUCCUGAUUGUAGUCAAAGGUCCAUUGCCAGAGCCUCCUGUGUUGUCUAGAGAAGGCAUCUCCAUGCUCCUUUAUCACCAUCAUCAAAGCUCACAGUGAAAUGCAGAGUGCAUCUAGGAGAUUCUACCUCCAGCCGUCUCCAAGGCUCCAUCUCCACUGUCUUUGAGAACACCCUGGAAGGCCAGGGCAGACAGCCCAACCCCUGUCCCUCCUGCAGAAUCUGGUGCCAUUGCUAUGCAGAUGACUUUGUCACUGGACUGUCCAGAGCUCUGUGGGAAUUGUUUCAUCAACAUAUCAGCUGUCUCUUCAGUGGAUCUUCUUCUUCAUCCCUUCUGAAGUCAUCAUCAGAGGAAACAUACUUAAGCACAGCCUCACCAAGACAAAGCAAGAUGCCAGCCAGCCUCAGCCACCAGCUUGUGCCUGGAAGGGACUGGAGAGCCAAGUGAGGGACCUGGUUGGAUACAGAGAAAAGUGCAUACCACUAACCAUGGCCUUGGCAUUUAUCUUUCCAUUGUGUUUUCCCAUCUACUGAUAUGCCAUUUUGUGUUAGCCAAUCAGGCAAAUGUGUGCUCAGAAAUGUAACACGUGGUUAUGACAAGAGGUGUUGACUAGUGGGUCUUGGGAACCUACAGUCUUGAAGGGAUCUUAGAUAGUGAAUGGUCCAGUCUCUACCAUAAGCAAGAAUCUCUUUAGACAGCUGGGGUUUGUUGUCCACCACUCAUGCAGACAAGAGAGGCAUUGGAGAAGGUGGUGUUAACAGCAUUCCACAUCCUUGCCUUCCUUCAUUCUCCAUGCAUUACAUGUCAUUUCUUCCCAUCACUCAGAAUGAGCCUCACAUGGAGAAGGAGCUGUACCAUUUCAAGCCAAGUCCAUGUGUCAUCCUGCACCUUUCAGGACAUCAAGACCCUUUUCAUAUGAGAGAGCAGGGUUGAGGAAGGCACCUAGGAGUCUGCAGGAAGCAUGGAAAGAUUUCUUAUCCCAUGUAGGAGGAUGUUGAGAUGGUCUCCUUCUCUGUCCCCUGGCUCAUCUGUCCAUCCUUCAGGGUCAGUAUACUUCACUGAGUGUUCGUCAUGUGUGUGGUGAGAGCAUUCUUCUAUCCAUAGGAAAUCAGGAUGUCACCUGCCAAGGCUGAACUCUGGCAGCCCAGAGCAGCACCCUGUGGCAUUGCUGUGGACAAAAUGACAAAGACACACCAAUGUAGGAAAAAGGACGAAAAGUCUAGGGAAAGAGGCAUUGGAAGUGGGGAGGGUAAUGAAAGAAAACAAAAACAAACCAAAAAACCACCAGAGGUUUUGGCAAAGCAAGUGCCAGGUGGAGACAUAUGGAAUUUCUAUCAGUGACUAUUGUUUUUCUUCCAUGAAGCCAUGGGACCUGGCAGGCUUCAGGGUGUAUGGGGCGGGGGGAACACCUCAGCUGAGAAGGUAUUUUUGCACAUAUGAAGGGUUGGGGAGGAGAGAGCCAUGAACAUAUUUAACACAGAUUUGCAGGAUGGAAGGUGUGUGUAUGUGUGUGUGUGUGUGUGUGUGUAGGUGCAUGGGUGAGUGUGCUUUGAUUUUUAAGUUUUGCACAGUUAGAGAAAAAUGAACAGUAGCAACAAGAGACUGUUAUCAUGGCUUUGCUGACAUGUUCUCCCCCCUCCCCGGAUGAUUUUACUGUUGUUAUUAUUAUUAUUUUGUCGGUACAGAAUUUUUUUCCUUACUUUUGUUAACAAGCAAAAUUUCAAACACCUCAGAGAAAUACACAUAUCAGGAGGAAAGAGGCGGGGACGGUCUUGCCUGGGUUUCCUGGAUCUCCUGGUUUCCUGGGUCUCCUCGUUUCUCUUGAGGGGGCUUUGGGCAGAUUCUUUCACUUUAAUUGGUGAUGUAGGUUUUUUCUGGUACUUCAUAGGCAGUCCUUGUGGCCUGCUUGGGGACUCAGAAAUCAAGGCCCAUCUUGCUUGUAAAAACAAAAAACAAACAAACAAAACAAAACAAACCCACCAACUUUCCUUUUGCUGUUUGUUUGCUUGUUUGUUUUUGUUUCCCAUUAGAUUUUUUUUUCUUUUUUGCAAGUGUGAUACCUUUAAAAGCAAGGUUAGGCAACGUUGUUUGAAAUCUGUCACAUCCUCCCAGAUAUUCCUUCGCAACUCCCCCUUGAGAUUCUCUAGCUCCUCUUAGCAGUUAGAGAGACCCUGAUGGUCUGUGAGCUCUCAGAGAACGAAGUCAGAGAAACUAGGACAUAAGACACAGUGGUGCCUCGCCCCCUGUCCAGAGUUCACUUGCGGGGUGUUGCAGAUCUGCUGACGGUAGAACCUUUAUUUAUCUCUUGGAGUUUGUUCAGAGGGUAUGGGUGGGGGAGUAGGUAGCCUCUCUCACAUCACCCCCCCCCCCCCCCCCCGCCUUCACCUCACCUCUGCAUCCUCCUGCUCCUGACACCACUGGUCAAAAUGGUACUACUGAUCACACAUCCCAAAUGACUGACCAAGUGAGGAUUUGAAUCUUGAAAGGAGAAGACCAGGGAGCAGGGAGUUUGAUAGGGUCCUGAAAGCAAAAGACUGGGUAGAAGAAACCUGGGAAGGUAUCUGCAGGCUGGUUACUUCUCUGUGGCAUGUUUGUCUCUCUAGGUGUGGGCGUGGUCUGGUCAUGUCUUCAUCCUUCCCUGUAAGGAGACACAGUAAUGUUUCUUAGUGCCAUGAAGUCAUUAGCUUUUGUGUCAGUUACUUCCUCAGGAAAAUACUUUCUUGCCUUCUUCUUUCAAUACAGUUUUAAACUUGGGGACAGAGGACAAACAGAGAACCCCCCCACCCAGACUAAGGUACUUUGCAACCCCGUGCAGCAUGCAUGGCCAGAGCCAGCCCCUGGAACCUUCAUGAUGGGAGUCCACAGACCUGGAGUAAGCUCAGGGUGGGUGCCUGAGUGGGGCCACAUUUGGGAAGAGAAAUACUUUUAAUGAAUCCCACAGCUCAAGGCAGAGUAUCCAGGACGAUUCCAAGGAAGCAGGAGUUGCUAACAGAGAAGUCUUUCUGUGCUUGUAGACUCUGAGAGUCCUGCUUCCACUGGGUUAAUGUUGCUAUAAUACCCAGCACAUCCACCACCCUAACAUCCCAUCCCAGAGGCCCAUGGUGCUCAUGUACCACCCUACACCCCCACUCCCACCCCAUGUGCAUGUCUGUCUCCUGACUGUGCCCCACUCUGGCAGCUAGCUUUCUCCCGGUUCCUCCCUGAGGCCAAGGACUGAUUUGGAUACAGGAGUUACUCAGUUCUUCAGUCCAUUAGAAGUGAGUGCUGUCCCAUCCUAACCUUGGCUGUUUCCCCUGAGUGAGAGGGUCUCCUCUCCUCCAGCCAAUGCCCUGUGGGUCCUCUAUUAGAGGAGUCACAAGCAAUGGCAUCCCAAACGAUCUCUAAGAGGCAAGGCUCUGCCACGCUUUCUAGGACCCUGGGUGAUGCUACUGUGGUCCAUCCUGGCCUAAGCACCUCUCAUUUUGACACAAAUAGGAGAGGAUCCUUUCUGUCUUGUAUCCUAGGACUCUCUGCCUUUGGCUUCACCAGACAGCAAGUAAAUACUUCAUCUUGAGAAAGGCCAAUGCUCCUGUAAUCAGGAAUAAAUUUUCCCCCUUCUCACAGAGAGCCCCAGAAGCCAGGAGAUGACUGAUAUGAGGGGGUACUCAGCAGGUGGGAAACUCAGAGGUACUCAGCUUAUGUCCCUUCAAAGGGCAGCACCCAGUGACAGUUCCAGCAAGUUCCUAACGGGAGCUUGGGGUUCAGGGGCAUUUCUGUGGAUGAACCAAGGUGACCCUGUCCAGGUAGCUGGCUGUCCUGGCUCUUCUCUGGCCUUUCCUCCAUGUUCCUCAUCCACAUCAAGGGCCUCCACCCAUCCUUUCAGGACAAGGGGGCCCUGACUAUACAGCCCUUCCCUUUGGAAAAAAAGCUGUGGGAUAUUUGAUUGGGGUUUUGUAGUUCCUUAUUUUUUUUUUGGUCGCUUAUCUUAAGAAUUUGAAAGUAAUGAGGGAGCCUGGCUGUGGAUGUAAAAUGACUGAGAGGAAGAGUUAAGCAGAAUUCUUAAAUUCUUCCAGUGACUUCUAAACAGAUGAGGCUAGCUUAAAUGUGGGAGUGAGAAAACCUCUCCAUUAGUAAGGAAAAUGGUCCAGAAAUUCCCCAUGUGAACUGUGAACAUGCUAGGGGGAGCAUCCUCAUGGCUGCUAAUACCCUCAUGCUUCCCCUGCCCUUUUGACAGACAGAGGCCACUCCUCCCGUCUCUGGUGGAUUCACCCCAGGGCAUUCUGCAUGGAAUCAAUGCAAGCUUCGUUAUUGUAAGUGGGUAGGUGGGGUACCAUUCCAGGUAAUAGUAAAGGGGCAACUCCCGAAAGAGGCUUGUAAGUUUCUCCUGGUGCUCUGAGAGGCCACCCCAUGCCUCCCAUUUAGAAAGCAAUCACUGCAGGAAAUGUUUUUAAUAUUAGGAGAGACUUUUUGUUUAUACUACAAAUCAUGGCUCUUCAAUAAUAUUGCUUUUUAUUAAUAUUUAGGGAGCAUCCAAGUUUUCAAAAGUAUUUAAGUCUUUUGGUUGGAAAGACAGACGUCUUCCUUAGCGUCCCGCUGGAAUCCCUUAAGUAGACUGAUGGCUGUGAGGAAGCUGAGCAAACAGUUCCUGAGGAGCGACGAGAACGUCGUGUUCCAGCUCCUGGAAAAGAUGGCGAGGGCUCUGACUGGGGGGGUCCUUGGUUGGGGAGUCUCACAUCCCUCCUCUCUUUCCCCUCCUCCCUCUUCCUUGGGUUCCUAUCUAGUCCUGGCUCUCCAGGCUGUCUCUGGAAUUAAUGAAUCCUUCAUAUUGUUUCUCAGCUUCCUUCAAACUACACUGAAGCUGAAUUUGGGGCGACCCAAGCCCCCCCCUCCCCAGUAACACAAAAGCAAGUGGACAGUCGCUCCGCCAGUUUCUGCCUCUCCUGCCCCUUUCUUUUGUUUGUAUCUUUAAAGACUCAAGCACACGUUGGAAAGGUUCCCGUAUGAGAGUAGAGCUCCAAACAGCACCAGUUAAACCAACAGAGGGGACAGUUAAACAGCACCCCCAAAGACACUCUGAAGCAGAGAACACUUCCGCAAGCAGAACUGAGGAAGGCUCCUGUGCAGAGAUCAGUUCCAUUCGAGCAAGAGGCGAAGAUGGGCUAUGUGUCCUCACCUAUCCUCCCAACCCUUCCCUGCCGUUCUUGUCAGCUUGUAGGCUUAUGAAACCUUCUGUUCUUCACAAACAAAAGCUAGUUUACCUCAAAGACUCUUGUUUCCAUUUGGAAACCAAUGACAUGGCUUGAGAAUGGAUGACCCUCCCCACACCCCUCCACAUCCCUCCCUGCCUGGGCCUGGUGUCCUUGGGGCAUUAGGUAGUAGCUUCUUCCUGGGUUGGCUGCUCUGCAAAGGGACCAGGUCCCCAGGCCUGAAAUGGGAAGGGAGGAUUGGAUGCAACCUCCCCCCCCCCUCCACCCCCUACUUAGCAUGUAGGGAACAGCCUCUGUCUCUUCCAGCAGGGUCCUGUGAAGUUACCAUAGCAACUAGCAACUCCAGGUACCACAAAAGACAAUAGCUUCAAGCACUGAGGUGUGGGAGAGAGCAGGGGUUCUGGCUUGGUCAGAGCACCCAGAAUUAGGCCCCCAGUGCUAGGAGGGCAAAGAAGGAAGAGAGAGAGAAAUGGACGCAUGAAUGGGUUAAGCAGCUGCAGGGGCCUUGGGAGCCUGAGGAGCAAGAGGCCACUGAGAGAGGCAGGACAGAUCAUUUCUGUUCUCCUCACCACAUGCCCGCCCUUCCCAGUGCGCUCCACUUCUAUUCCAAAACUCUCACCUUGAAUACUGACCCUUCGAGAGCAGAAAGCAAAGUAUACCUUUAGACAACAGUGUUACCCUGAGCCUCAAGGACAGGUGAAUGGGGUCUCUGAAGAAAAAAAAAAAAAAAGAGGGUCUUCUGGUUUUGAUUUUUCAAGAAGAGUAUCCUAGUAAGAUUAAAAAAAAAAAAUUUAAAAAAAUUUUUAAAAGAAAACCUAUGCUAUUUAAAUUGGAGCCCAGUUGUAACUUGGUAAAGGCAAGCUUCUGUACCUUUGUUAUAAUUAAUUGUAUACCUGUGUAUGUAAAUAUAAGGCAUUCCUAUUUUGCAGUUCAGAACAAAAAAAAACUAUUUGUAAUAUAGAAUAAAGUUUAUUAAAAAAUAAUAAAAAUGCAGUUUGAGA